GGCUAUCAUUAAAUGUCUUUUUUUCCCACAGAAAAAUCGCCGAACAGCUGGAAGCAGUGGAAGCGACCCAUCAGGAAACAGGAAACUAUUGCGCAAAGCCUCUGUGGAUGAAGUAGUUGUGACGUCACGUUUCAAAAGUCAAACAUCCAGCUGGACACAUGGAAGGGGGCGGAGUCACACGAUGUGGGCGUCAACAUGCAGUCACGUGGCUUCAAUAGGGGCAGGUGUUGCUUGAACAGAGGUGUGCUCCUGUUUCUUCUCCACCUCCCCCUGUGGGACUCUCCCACACAGGGAGGCUAGGCAGGGUGGGACGAGGAACUGCUGCCAUGACACCUGAAGGCAGAGCAUGAGGCGGCUGAACAAAUCUGUCAGCGGGUGUUAACUGCUGAUUAAUUUUGGUCUAAUUUGCUGCCACUUCCUGAAAUCAGUUUUCCUGUGCAGCCUUGAAAGAACUGUAUCAUGCGUCUUCUACCACGGCGGCGGAUGUCCCCUGUGAAGUGGGCUCUCAUUGGGGGGGCUAUCUUCAUGGUGGCCUUGGUGGUUCUCCAGAAGGAUGCCGGCCCCUCACCCGCCAGUGACGCCUGGUUCCAGGACCUGGUGGAGAAGAAGGACAAGAUGAUGGUCAUGGUCCGUGAGGCCGUCAACAACAUCCACAACAUCCAGAUUGCUGCUUUGCCACCUCCUCCUUCUUCAGACCUGGUGGAGCCCUCCAAAAACAUUGUUUGCCCACCUGGCUUCUACAGCAAGGACGAGCUCAAGCCUUACUUGGAGAGACCACCACAGGAUCCCAACGCCCCUGGUGCUAAUGGGAAGGGAUUUCAAAAAGACCUUCUGUCACCAGAAGAGGAGAAGGAGAAGCAGACGGGUAUGACCAAGCACUGCUUCAACCAGUUUGCCAGCGACCGCAUCUCUCUCAGCCGGAGCCUUGGCGAGGAUACGCGGCCUCCAGAGUGUGUAGUGCUGCAGUUUCCCCGCUGUCCUCCCCUACCUACCACCAGUGUUAUAAUAGUCUUCCACAACGAGGCCUGGUCCACCCUACUCAGGACGGUGUACAGUGUCCUGCACACUUCCCCUGCCAUCCUGCUCAAAGAGAUCAUCUUGGUGGAUGACGCCAGCACUGACGAGUACCUGCAGAGCCAAUUGGAGGAGUUUGUUCGCCAGUUCAAGAUUGUCAGUGUGUUGAGGCAACAGGAGAGGAAGGGCCUUAUCACAGCCAGGCUGCUGGGUGCGGGGGUCGCAAAGGGCGAAGUGCUCACCUUCCUCGAUGCACACUGUGAGUGUUUCCAUGGUUGGUUAGAGCCACUGCUUAGCCGCAUCGUUGAAGUGCCAACUGCUGUGGUUAGUCCCCACAUCUCCUCCAUUGACCUCAACACGUUCGCGUUCAGAAAGCCCAUUGCUACUGAACGUGCCUACAACCGAGGAAACUUUGACUGGAGCUUGGGGUUUGGUUGGGAGGCGAUCCCCGCAGAUGCCCGUAAUCUGCGCAAGGAUGAAACCUAUCCUGUCAAAACACCCACUUUUGCCGGCGGUCUCUUUUCCAUCUCAAAGAGCUACUUUGAACACAUUGGAACAUAUGAUGACCAAAUGGAGAUUUGGGGUGGUGAGAAUGUGGAGAUGUCCUUCCGGGUGUGGCAGUGCGGCGGUCAGCUGGAGAUCAUUUCAUGUUCUGUGGUGGGCCACGUCUUCCGGACCAAGAGCCCACACACCUUCCCCAAGGGCACAGAGAUCACUCGCAACCAAGUGCGCCUGGCCGAAGUGUGGAUGGAUGACUACAAGCAGAUCUUCUAUCGUCGUAACCAAAAAGCUGCUGCUAUGGCCAGAGAGCACACAUAUGGGGACAUCUCUGAUCGUCUAAAGCUGAGAGAGAACUUGCAGUGCAAGAACUUCUCUUGGUACCUAAACAAUGUCUACCCAGAAGCUUUCGUUCCAGACAAAAUCCCAGUCAAGUAUGGAGCGAUAAGGAACGCCGGAUCUAGAACCUGCCUGGAUACCGGUGAAAAGAACACAGGAGGAAAACCCCUUAUCAUGUACAGUUGUCACAACAUGGGAGGCAACCAGUACUUUGAGUAUACUACCCAUAAGGACCUACGUCAUAAUAUCGGCAAGGAGCUGUGUCUUCAUGCCGUGCCUCAUCCAGCACCAGUGAGGAUUGAGAAAUGCCAGCUGCAUGGAAAGGGCACAAGUUUAUUGCCACAACAAGAGUGGAUCUUCACAAAGGAGAACCUUUUGAAGAAUCCCAGCAGUGGGGAAUGUUUACAGCUGAAAGGAAGCAUUAUUCAGAUGGACAAAUGUAAUGCUGCUGACCUCUACCAGCACUGGAGCUUCACUUGAUUUCCUCUUCUGCUGAAACGUGGCAAACUAGUCAUACUUGUCCUAGUAGAGGCCAAAUUAGUGCGGGUCAAGGUGGACCUUGUCUGGAGUGAGAAGCAUUUGGUUGCAAUGAGUAGCUCGAUAACAUUGCAGGACCCAGCCAUGACUGACUCAAAUGGAUACAAUGGUUUUAUGAUAGAACAUGGCAUUUGGAUGGAUUAAGGUGGUCAAGGACGGUAAUUGACACUCCACCUUGGGAAAUCACUUUCAGUGAAUGUAAAGAUAUGAGGUGUCUGGUUUUAAAUUAUUUUUAUACUUACUUGUGUGAGACAUCCUGCCGGUAUUGGGGUGGUGACGGUGAUGAUGAUGACAUUGCAAUAAACUAAUUAAAAUAAUAAAUAGACAAUACUGUAUGUGCCUGUGUGAGUAGUUGUUAGCGGUUUAACUUUUUUGUCUUUCCAUUUCGGAACUUCUAGAAACAACAGUCAUUAAAUACGACUUUAUUUGACAAGAAA